AUGGCCUCGCCAGACCUAGAAAAGUUAUUACGCGUCCAUGAUGAUCAAGAUAAUGUCAAUACUUCAGCUCACAAAGUAACAAAACGCUCUCGCAAGCUUGUCUUCGCGUGCCUCGUGCUCCUGACAGUCUUGGCCCUUACCGUCCCCUUCUACGGACUGACUUGUCGCACGCUGAGGGACAACGCGCGGGCGGCAGCCAUUCGCCCAGGUUUUCGCCAUGCUACACCACACGGCAGCUUCCGCGGCGGGUCCUCUCAGCCUGCAGUCCUGAUUGAUGCGGCCAGGGACGACGGCGUGCGUCAGAAAAGCAUCGACGACUCAGCAGUUCUGGACGGAAGGGAUGCGUCUGACGCCGCGACGGCUGACGCUGCAGCGCCGACCGUGCUCGAAUGCUUCCAGGUCGCGCAGCCCGUGCUCAUGCCAGACGGACCGGCCACGAGUGAUGGGCUGCGCACCGAAGACGGCGACGGGGGACGACGGGGAGGAGCUGAGUCGUGCACCGUCCAGCUAAUGGACCACGUAUUUGCAUGGAGCUACGGGAAGCCGUUCGUUGGCGAAUACGUGCCCCCAAGCUGCGAUUUCAAUCGCGUUGUGAUCAACUUCACGGUUGUUUCGGAAGGCGUGCAAUAUGACCGCCUGGCGCUCAUGUACUUCGGGGAUACCGAGGUAUGGCGCACGUCGACUGCAGAGCCCACUGCACACCCGGGUAUUCGAUGGGUGUACCUCAAGGACAUGACCGAGUACCUCUAUUUUUGGAAGUCGCCUCAGAAACUCAUCUUUGAUCUGGGAAAUCUCGUCGACGACAGGUAUACCGGUACUUUCAACACUACGCUGACGGCCACUUUCUUCACGAGUGAUGUCGAUCCCGGAAAUGCUCCUCCCAGCGAUCUAAUCAUACCGGUCUCCGCGCACAAAUCGGGCACCAACGAGCCAAGCGCAUUCACUGUGCCCGAGAGCGACGCUACAGACACGGUUCAAUUUCCACAGAACGCCAACCGGGCCGUGUUCUCGGUAUCUGCUUGUGGCCAGGCCGCCGAGGAGUUCUGGUGGCAGAACCUCCUCCAGAGUGACAUCUGGGCCUUCAACGCUACCACGGGCGAAGCUUUCCCCGGAUACAGCCCCUUCCGAGAGGUGCAAGUCUACAUCGACGGCCAGCUGGCCGGUGUACAGUGGCCGUUCCCUGUUAUCUUCACGGGAGGUGUUGUGCCCAGCUUCCAUCGGCCUAUUGUGGGACUGGAUGCUUUCGAUCUUCGAGAACAUGAAAUCGAUAUCACGCCUUGGCUCCCGCUGCUGUGUGAUGGGGCGCCCCACACUUUUACCAUGCGGGUUGCGGGAGUGGAUGACGACAACGGCAAGAACCCUACGCUGACCAAGACGGUCCUGUCCAAUUGGGUGCUCAGCGGCAAGAUCUUUGUCUGGCUGGACGACGAAGGCUCAGUCACGACUGGGUCGAAGCCGGCCAUCAUGGGGGAGCUGCCCGCCAUUCAGCUGUCGCAUGCUCUGGGGAAGAACGCCACGGGCUCUAACGAGACUCUCCGGUACAUCACCAACGUCAAGCGGACAUUUGGGGUGAGCGCCCAGGUGGCGUCUCAAAAGUCUUCGGGUAUUGCGUCUUGGUCACAAGACUUGUCUUACUCUAACAGAGGCAGAGUCACAGGGUUUGGCUUUAACCAGGUCAACGAUGUCAGCAUCGAGGGCAAGGACAGGACGUCCGGGCUCUAUUCCUAUGGCUCCUCGUACAGCUACCCGCUGAGUUGCGGCCAGACCUACAGUGUCUCGGAUGAGGGUAACUUAACCAUCCAGGCCACCCUGUACCAGGGCCUCAGGUUGCAGGUUUCCGGGUCCUCUGUUUUCCCGACAGGCCUGGAGGCGUUUGCUGCGGAAGGAGAGUUCGCAGGCGGGUCGCUUCUGGAGACACAUCGCUACGGCCAGGCUGCGUACAACAGAUGGGGCAAUCAGAAAAGAAGCACCGGCUCUGGACACACAAACCAGGUCUUCCGCUUUGGCGGUCUGGCUUCCGGUGGUACGGCGGGUGGCUCGGAAGGCGUCGAGCUGUACUUCCGCAACGUCACCGCUGUUAAUGACACCGUGGUGUUCAACGAAGAGAAGGUGGCUGGCGCGCCGGAGACGGUCUCGUCGGCACCGCCUUCGCCCUUGCCAGCCGACUCCAACUUCAGGGGCUUGUUCGCCCAGGUGCCCACCAGAGGCCAACGGGCAUCGAUGGCCGUCAAGGGCAGCGCAGGUGUCGGGAGAGGGGCUCCUGCCGACGGGUCGACUCCUCAGCUCGGCAUCGAGCAAUCUCCAAUGAGGCGGUGA